AUGAAUACAUUUAGAAUAUCUAGACGUCUUAGUCUAGAUCGUCUAGACUUCAAUAAUUUUUUACGAGUACUAGAUUUAGAUUAGAUCUAGACUCUAGAUCUAUUCUAGUAUAGCACUAGGUCCAUGUUCUGAACUUCUAUGUCUAGUUGUAGAUUUGUGGUCUAGCUCUACUUAAUAGUAGAUCUACGCUCUCCGGUGGAGUCUGGAGUCUAUACUCAACUUUGUUUGACAAGCCUGACAAGGAAUAGGAAUCAUUCAUUAUUAUUUAUUCUUCUUGAAGUUGUCCAGUUGUUGACGUUUUAGAUUUGUUAAGUAAGACUUGACUUCACCGUUCACGUCCACAACUUUAAGUAUUCACAAGACUCAAGAGUGAGACUCUAGAUCUAGGCCGACUAGGUCUAGUCUAGGUCAUAUCUUAACUUGAUUCUUGAUUUUAUUAACUGACUAGGCUAGGUAUAUUCAGCCAUGUCAGAUAGUGAGGAAAGUAACUAUUCGGGCAAUGAGAGCGAUGGAGGAGACGAAAAGAGCAAUAAGGAUGAUGGGAGCGACCACGAGGAGAGUGACAAAGAAGGGAGUGACAAGCCCGCUGACAGUGACGAUGAGCAAGAUGUGUCUAAAGGAAAAGAUGAUGAAGCAGAAGAGAGUGAAGGUGAUGGCGAGGAAAAAGAUGGAGACGAGGAAGAACCCGAAGGAGAAGAUCUAGAUGAAGAUGAGUACGAUGAAGAGGAAGAUGAGGAAGAAGAGACUCGAGUGAGAAAAAAAAAGAGAAAGGGAGCUUUAGGCUUUAUCAUUGAUGAGGCCGAUGUUGAUGAUGAGGAUGAUGAAGACGACGGUGAGUGGGAGGACGGCGCUGAGGAGAUCAUUGACCGUAAGUCAACAUACGAUGUUACAGAGCGUGAGAUUGAAAGCCAUCAAAGACUGAGACAUAUUUGGGAGAGUCAACGAGAAGAUGAAAUUGAGAAUUACUAUCGACAAAAGUUUGGGAAUGUGACAACUGCUGAACGUUAUGGAGAUGGAGAGGAAAUGACAGAUGAAAUCACUCAGCAAGGACGGUUGCCUGGUGUCAAAGAUCCUAAUUUGUGGGUGGUCAAAUGUAGAAUGGGUGAAGAAAAGGCAACAGUCAUUCAUGUUUUGAGGAAGAUGAUUGCCUACCAGUUCACAGAAGAGCCUCUUCAAAUCAAGUCAGUUGUUGCUAAAGAAGGAUUAAAAGGAUACAUUUACAUAGAAGCUUUCAAACAAACUCACGUGAAACAAGCCAUUGAAGGCAUUGGAAAUCUGAGGAUGGGCUUUUACAAACAGCAGAUGGUUCCCAUUCGAGAGAUGACAGAUGUAUUAAAAGUUGUGAAGGAAACAGCCAGCUUGAAACCUAAAGCCUGGGUCAGACUGAAGAGAGGCAUAUUCAAAGAUGAUUUGGCACAGGUUGAUAUUGUAUAUCCGUCUCAAAAUGAAGUCGAACUGAAACUGAUUCCUCGUAUAGACUACUCAAGGGCUAGGGGCAUUAUGAGAAACUCUGCCAAUCAGGAUUCUAAGAAGAGGAAACGGCGGCCACCACAAAAACUGUUUGAUGUUGAUGCUAUUAGGAGUAUUGGUGGUGAGGUCACAUCUGAUGGUGAUUUCCUCAUGUUUGAAGGCAACAGAUAUAACCGUAAAGGUUUUCUCUUCAAAAUUUUUGCCAUGUCUGCAAUUAUCGCUGAAGGUGUUAAGCCAACAUUAGCAGAGCUAGAAAAGUUUGAGGACCAGCCUGAGGGAAUGCAAGUAGAGUUGGUUCCAGAGAAGCAGGAGAGUGAAAUUGCUCACACUAUGGCGCCUGGGGAUGUGGUGGUAGUGGCUGAAGGUGAGUUGCAGCACCUUCAGGGCAAGGUCAUCAAAGUUGAUGGGAACAAGAUCACAAUACUACCAAAGCAUGAGGACCUCAAGGAUCCACUGGAGUUUCCCUACAAUGAGCUGAAGAAGUAUUUCAAGAUGGGAGACCAUGUCAAAGUAAUAGCUGGACGUUACGAGGGAGAUACAGGACUAAUUGUCAGGGUGGAGGACAAUGUGGUGGUUCUUUUCUCUGAUCUCACCAUGCAUGAGCUCAAAGUUCUGCCAAAAGACAUUCAGUUAUGUGCUGACAUGGCAACUGGUGUGGACUCACUUGGACAGUAUCAGUUUGGUGAUCUAGUUAUGUUAGAUGCCCAAACUGUUGGGGUUAUCGUUCGCUUAGAGAAAGAAAAUUUCCAAGUUCUCAGCAUGCACAACAAGGUAAUCAAUGUCAAGCCCCAGUCUAUCACAAGAAAGAAAGAUACAAGAAAUGCAGUUUCUUUAGAUUCAGAAAACAAUAACGUUCAAGUUCGAGACAUUGUUAAUGUGAUUGAUGGACCACACUCGGGUCGAAGUGGUGAAAUCAAGCAUUUGUACAGAAACUUUGCGUUCUUAAACUCAAGGCUGAUGACAGAAAAUGGAGGCUAUUUUGUGUGUAGGACUAGACACUUGACCCUUGCUGGAGGAGGAAAGCAAAAUACCAGCCAAAACUUUAGUGGCUUUGCUCCCAUGUCUCCUAGAAUAUCAAGUCCUGCGCAUCCAAGUGGUGGAGGAGGAGGUGAGAGAGGAAGGGGUCGAGGUGGCGGAGCUGGUGCCGGCAGAGGUGGACUUUCCAAGAGAGAUAGAGAAAUCAUUGGUCAGACAGUACGCAUCAUUCAGGGACCAUUCAAGGGAUACAUUGGUAUUGUUAAGGAUGCCACAGAGUCUACAGCUCGUAUUGAGUUGCAUUCCUCAUGUAAAACUAUCUCUGUGGACAGACUGCGUCUUUCAACUCUUACUGGGGCCAAACCUUCAGGUGGUCAGACAUCAACAUAUGGUGGCCGCACUCCAAGUUAUGGAGGACAGACACCCAUGUAUGGAUCACGAACGCCAAUGUAUGGGGCACAGACACCACUUCACGAUGGAUCUCGAACACCUCAUUAUGGUGGAGCGACCCCAUCUCACGAGUCUGGUGGGCGUACACCCAGUGGUGGAGGAGGAAGUGCUUGGGAUCCAUCCAAUGCCAACACUCCAUCUCGGAAUAAUGAUUUUGAUUUUGGUUAUGAUGAUACAUCGUCACCGGCAGACUUCGGUGCAACACCAAACCCAGCUACACCUGGUUACCAUGCCGAUUCCCCUGGUCCUAUGGGGCCAUAUACCCCACAGACACCUGGAAGUGCUUACUCCCCCUACCCAGCCCCAUCUCCUGGAGGAUUUGAAGCUCAGAGUCCAGGCUAUGUUGGCACACCCAGUCAAUCUAGCCCCAGUCCAGCAAGUUUUGCUGGUACCCCGUCACCUAUGGGGUACAGCCCUAUGACACCUGGAGCCCCAUUCACACCUCAGACACCUGGUGGUGCUAUGGAGCUAAGUUUGACAGACUGGCACACUACAGAUAUUGUGGUGAAGAUCAAAGCAUCACAUGAGGACUCUAAGCUGAUUUAUCAAACUGGAGUGAUCAAAAAUAUAUCUGGUGGAAUGUGUACUGUGUACCUGACAGAUGAAGAGAAGACUGUCAACAUUACCUGUGAUCACCUGGAGCCAGUUUUGCCUGAGAAAGGCGACAAGGCCAAGAUCAUUGCUGGUGAUGACAGAGAGGCCACUGGUUCACUCAUGAGUGUGGAUGGGGAUGAAGGAGUUUUUAAAUUUGACAGAGAAGAAAAAUCCAAGAUCCAGAUGUUACCUAUUCACUUUCUGUGUAAAAUGCCAGAUUGAUCCUUGAUUUUUUCCUUGACAAGACCUAUCUAGCGCUAGACUAAGGCUUGAGACUGGACAUUAUACUGAACUUGACUUUACUUUGACAACCAUUGACAAAUUGAGAUGUAGGACUUUCCCAGUUUUUAAAUAAAUUUCAUGAAUAUACUUUUUUUUGCUUUUUUUUAAAAAUGAUUGUUCUAGACAUUUGAAUUAUAUCUUUGACAUUGGUUAAAUGAAAAAAUAACUUAGAAUGCUAAAAGUUAUAUUUCUCAACAUUUGGAUAGGUUGAAUUUUCAAUGUAAAAUUAUUGUUGUUUCGAUAAAAACGUACAAUAAAAGUCAUUUUUAAAAAG